CAUUGGGCUCGAAAAAUGGAACCUUUUGUGUCAAGGUACUGCUUUCUUUCCUUCUUCGUCUUCACCAUUUUCGUUUCUCUUAUCCCGGUUGUCAGAUCAGGGGAUGCAGAGGCACUUUUGGCCCUGAAAUCGUCCAUUGAUCCUUUCAACUCAUUGCCAUGGAAAGGGACCAAUGUAUGUGCAUGGAAAGGAAUCAAGGAAUGCUUAAACGGACGAGUUACAAAACUUGUUUUGGAACACUUAAACUUAACUGGUUCCUUAGAUGAACAGAGCUUGAACCGGUUGGAUCAAAUUCGGGUUCUCAGUUUCAAAAGCAACUCCAUUUCCGGCCAAAUCCCUGACCUUUCCGGCUUAGUCAAUCUCAAAUCCCUUUUUCUCAACGACAACAACUUCACCGGCGAAUUCCCAGAAUCCAUUACGAGCUUACAUCGGUUGAAAACCAUUGUUUUGUCCGGUAACCGAAUCACGGGUCGAAUUCCUGCUUCUUUACUCAACCUCAAAAGAUUGUACACUCUUUACUUGCAAGACAAUGAGUUCAAAGGUGCAAUUCCAGCUUUGAACCAAACCGGUCUUAGAUUCUUCAAUGUUUCAAACAACCAACUCCACGGUCAAAUCCCUGUGACCUCAGCUCUGGUUCGGUUCAACAUUUCUUCGUUUUCUGGUAACAUUGAUCUUUGCGGCGAACAGAUUGAAAACCCAUGUCGAACGAUCAAUUUCGGACCGGCAAUGAGUCCCAUUUACCCCAAUGUGUCGAGUCCCAAAUCGAGAAAGCAUUCCAACUUGAUCAAGAUUAUAAUAGGAAGCGUUGCAGGCGGGUUUUCUCUGCUACUUAUUUGUGUGUUUUUGGUUUGUUUUGCUUGCAAAGGGGGAAGAAAGGGAAAGGAUGUUAAAAGCAAAGGGGUUGCUAAUGUGGAAGGGAUGGAAGGAGAAGAGGCGGUGAGCGGCGGCGGUGGAGGGAGUGGUGGCAUGGGAAGUAAUAACAGUGGGAAACAAGGGGGGUUUUGGGAGAGUGAGGGUCUAGGGAGUUUGGUGUUCUUGGGCACAGGCGAUCAGCAAAUGAAUUACAGCUUAGAAGAUCUGCUGAAGGCAUCGGCGGAGACAUUGGGGAGGGGUACGAUGGGGAGUACGUACAAAGCGGUGAUGGAAUCCGGGUUCAUCGUGACCGUGAAAAGGUUGAAAGAUGCUAGAUAUCCGAGAUUAGAGGAGUUUAAGAGACACGUGGAUUUGAUCGGACGGCUCAGACAUCCUAACUUGGUCCCGCUUAGAGCUUAUUUCCAAGCCAAAGAGGAACGCUUGCUCGUGUACGAUUAUUUCCCCAACGGAAGCCUCUAUUCUCUCAUCCACGGAACGAGAAAUUGUGGUAGUGGAAAGCCUCUUCAUUGGACAUCAUGUCUGAAAAUAGCUGAGGAUUUGGCUACUGGAUUGCUUUAUAUUCACCAAAAUCCAGGCCUAACUCACGGGAAUUUGAAAUCCUCUAAUGUGUUACUAGGUCCUGAUUUCGAAUCUUGCCUCACAGAUUACGGUCUCACUAUGUUCCGAGAUACCGACUCAGUCGGAGAACCUAGUGCCGCUACAUUUUACUACAAGGCACCCGAAUGCAGGGACAUCCGGAAAUCGUCGACUCAACCGGCUGAUGUUUACAGCUUUGGUGUCCUUCUCCUGGAGCUCUUAACAGGCAAAACUCCAUUCCAGGACCUUGUACAAGAACACGGUUUGGAUAUUCCUGCAUGGGUACGGACGGUCCGAGAAGAAGAGACUGAGUCCGGCGAUGAGCCUAACUCUGGUAACGAAGCAUCCGAAGGGAAGCUUCAAGCUCUCUUGAACGUUGCAAUGACCUGCAUUGCGAUUGCACCGGAUAACCGGCCUGCAAUGAGGGAAGUUUUGAAGAUGAUAAAAGAUGUGAGGGCCGAGGCUCAUGUAUCGUCAAACAGUAGCGAUCAUUCCCCGGGACGGUGGUCGGACACUGUUCAGAGCUUGCCUAGAGAGGAACAUCUAAGCAUAUAAAAAAAGGCUGUGACAGCUUAGAUUUGGUAGGCCAUUGAAUUUAGUUAUGUAUUUUUUUCCCAUUUAAACUAUUCUUCAACCAUUUAGAAUUGUAAUGUAAAGUCUUUUACUAUUUUUUUAAUUGCAUGUUUAGAAUGUUAAAGCUACUUUCAUGGUGGGAAUAGUUUUAUUUAUUGAACUU